UCAGCUAUUCUUUCGGUUGCUUCGCCUUUUUUGAUUUUUCCACAACGGCACUCCGGUCGAUAAUGUCAACAAACUGACACCGGCCCGUAGAAAUUCUCCGCAACUUAACCAAUCCCGCAUUAAUCAUAGCCGCAUCCAGAAUCCGAGAUGGGCCAGAAAGUAUCGCGAAAUGACUUUGAAUGGGUCUACACGGAAGAGCCGCACGCGUCGCGGCGAAAGAUCAUCCUGGAAAAGUACCCGCAGAUCAAGAAACUGUUCGGACACGACCCCAACUUCAAGUGGGUGGCCGGUGCCAUGGUUCUCACCCAGAUCCUGGCCCUGUUCGUCGUUAAAGACCUCUCCUGGUCGUGGUUACUGGUGGCCGCCUACUGCUUCGGGGGAAUAAUCAACCACUCGCUUAUGCUGGCCGUGCACGAGAUAUCCCACAACCUGGCCUUCGGACACAGCCGACCGAUGCACAACCGUAUCCUGGGAUUCAUCUGCAACCUACCGAUCGGCCUGCCCAUGAGUAUAUCCUUCAAGAAGUACCAUCUCGAGCACCACCGUUACCAAGGCGACGAGGCCAUCGAUACGGACAUACCCACGCUGCUUGAGGCCCGACUGUUCGACACCACCUUCGGAAAGUUUCUGUGGGUGUGCUUGCAGCCAUUCUUCUACAUAUUCCGUCCACUGGUGAUCAACCCCAAGCCUCCCACCCGCCUGGAAAUCAUCAAUACCGUGGUCCAGCUAACGUUCAACGCCCUGAUCGUCUACUUCUUGGGAUGGAAGCCAUUGGCCUAUCUGCUGAUUGGCAGCAUCCUGGCCAUGGGCCUGCACCCGGUGGCCGGUCAUUUCAUUUCGGAGCACUACAUGUUCGCCAAGGGAUUCGAGACAUACUCCUACUACGGCCCGCUCAACUGGAUCACCUUCAAUGUCGGCUACCACAACGAGCACCACGACUUCCCAGCCGUGCCCGGCUCCCGGCUGCCCGAGGUGAAGCGCAUCGCCAAGGAGUUCUAUGACACCAUGCCCCAGCACACCAGUUGGACGCGCGUCCUGUACGACUUCAUUAUGGAUCCGGCGGUGGGACCAUAUGCGAGGGUGAAGCGCCGUCAGCGCGGCUUGGCCUCUUAAGCGGUAGAUGCUACUGCAGGCAAGGUUUCCCGGCACGAAUGUAAUCUCAGCGUUAGACCUAUUAACGGCUUUUUAUACACAUGCGAGACAAUUUAUUAGAGAGAGGAGGAGGAGGGCGACUCGCCCGUUAAUCUGAAAGUCUGGAAAGGCUUUAGAUUAGAUUACGGGUCACUCUCCGGCACUCGUAUAUAUCUGGUAUACUGAUUCACCAGACUGGUGGGCUUACUUGAACUUGAUGGCCUAACUAAGGGACACAUUCGAACGCUUUAACUAAUUGUUACCUCAUAAGUUGAAAAGCCUGUUAAAACUAGUGUGUAAUACAUGUACUGUUGUCUUAGUAUUUUCGAUGAAUAUUUAUAUUGCUUUAUAUUAUAUAACGUAACGUAAUGUGACGUCACUACUCUGGAAGGGUACUCGCCAGACGACCAGACGGCAAGCCAACCAUACUAUUUUUUAUAGACUCUUGAAACUGUUACCUAAGAAUAAAGUCAAAGCAAACGCUGUUGUCCGGCCGGUCGGCAUGUACUACGUACAGAGAGAAAAAAACAACCUAUAUUUGAGCAAAAUAAACAUGGCUAUGUGCCCUAAUGUAAUGA